AUGGCACACCAAGCACACGCCUACCACAUAGUCGACCCCAGCCCUUGACCACUAACGGGAGCUGUAGCAGCUCUACUCCUUACAUCAGGCUUAGCUAUAUGAUUUCACUUUGGAUCAAUAAUUCUUUUAACCCUAGGCCUAAUUACUAUAGUACUAACUAUAAUUCAAUGAUGACGAGACGUAAUUCGAGAAGGAACAUUCCAAGGACAUCACACUCCACCCGUUCAAAAAGGAUUACGAUAUGGAAUAAUCCUAUUUAUUACAUCAGAAGUAUUCUUCUUUAUUGGAUUCUUCUGAGCAUUUUACAACUCAAGCUUAGCCCCUACAUAUGAAUUAGGGGAAUGCUGGCCACCAACAGGAAUUACCCCAUUAAACCCAUUUGAAGUUCCACUUUUAAACACAGCAGUACUUCUAGCAUCAGGAGUUACUGUCACAUGAGCUCACCAUAGCAUCAUGCAUGGCGAUCGAAAAGAAGCAAUUCAAUCACUAACUUUAACCAUUCUUCUUGGACUUUAUUUUACAGCCCUUCAAGCCAUAGAAUAUUACGAAGCCCCAUUUACAAUUGCAGAUGGAGUGUACGGAUCAACAUUUUUUGUAGCAACUGGUUUCCACGGUCUUCAUGUCAUUAUUGGCUCAUUAUUCCUAUCUGUUUGUCUUCUUCGACAAAUUCAAUAUCACUUCACAUCAAAACACCACUUCGGCUUUGAAGCCGCAUGAUACUGACACUUCGUUGACGUAGUAUGACUAUUCCUUUACGUAUCGAUCUAUUGAUGAGGAUCAU